CCGUUAAUCAAAAGAACAUUCAAGAAGAAUUUUUCGAGAUGUUUAACAUGCUGAAGAAAAAUGAAACCAACAUCCACGAAGAUUUGAAGAGCAGUAUACUGCAAACCAUCAAGUCUGAGUUAAACACAUAUAAAGAUUGCAAGGACCUCUACAUAAAUGGUUAUGCAGAAUCUGGUGUUUAUGAUAUAUAUCCAUUUGGUAUUGUAAGCAAGGUCAGCGUCUUCUGUGACAUGAUGACGGAAGGUGGAGGGUGGACAGCUAUACAGAAACGUGUGAGUGGUUCGGUGUCAUUCGACAGAACCUGGACGGACUACAAGAAUGGAUUUGGUUUCCCUAAUACCUCCUACUGGAUAGGGAAUGACGUGAUACAUCAACUCACAAAAAGAAGUAACACCUCCCUCUACGUCACCAUCACACUGACCAAUGGGACAACACUCUAUGAAUUAUACGACCAGUUCUCUGUUGCUGACAAAACCAACAACUACCGACUUUUUCUUGGCGGACCAGCUACCGGGACCCUGGGUGACUUUAUGUUAGACACUGGUUUUCCUGAUUACUACGAUCUGUCUGGGAUGUCCUUCAGUAUCCCGGACAGAGAUAACGACGGGUAUAGUAAUACUAACUGUGCUGCUCUCAGUUACAUUAGAGGAGGCUGGUGGUUUAACUGGUGUCACCGAGCCUUCUUUAACGGUCCCUGGUACCCGGGGUCCUGGUACAAACCAUGGGAUCCUACAGUGACUGAUAGUAAACAGAUAAAAGAAACUCUCAUGAUGAUUAAACAUAACUGACUUUUUAUAUCCAUACUUGUUCACG